AUGGCCAACAUCUGGAAUGAUACUCGUGCUGAUGGGGAAGAGAGCAUGGAAGAACUGUUUUCGGAAGAAAAGAACUGCAAAACCAGCUAUGAAAAUUUCACGAAAAAUUUUGAAGAUCACUUGUCCUUUUGUAGCGCAGCAUGGGACGGUCUGUCUUGUUGGCCAGCAGUGAAUGCAGGUUCGGUUGCAACUGUGCCAUGUUUUCAUGAAUUUAAUGGUGUCCUGUAUGAUACAUUAGAAAAUGCCACGCGCACAUGCAGCGAAAAUGGCACAUGGGCCAAGAGAUCCGACUACUCCAGAUGUAAACCGCUCUUGCAUGAAGAAUCACACAUUAAAGUUUUAUGGGAUAUCAAAGAAGCAGGCACAAUUUAUUACGUUGGAUACGGCAUGUCUCUUUUGGCCCUCAUGGCAGCUCUUUCCAUCUUCAUUCAUUUUAAGAAUCUGCGGUGCCUGAGGAAUAAUAUCCACACCAAUCUACUGGCUACGUAUUUCUUUUUGGAUCUCACAUGGAUUAUUACCGCCACCUUGCAGUCUUUACCGUCUGUAGAAGGAUCAAAGGUGACGUGUAUUCUAGUCAUUUUGUUAACAUAUUUGAUGGUCACCAAUUUCUUUUGGAUGUUUGUCGAAGGUCUUUACUUAUACAUAUUAGCAGUGAAGACAUUUUCCAUAGAAGUCGUUAGAAUACAUGUAUACGCUCUCAUUGGAUGGGGUGUCCCAGCAUUGAUUGUGGUCUCGUGGGCAUCAGUAAAGGGAUAUUUAGCUCCCCUUUCGAAAGAUUCCUUAGUUGACGAUUGCGUCUGGCAGACUAAAGACAGCACAGAUUACAUAUUUAUUUGUCCGGUUAUUGUGGUUCUUUUGGUGAACGUGUUCUUCAUGUGUAAGAUCAUGUGGGUCCUGAUGACUAAGCUGCGAAUAGCAACAACAGCAGAGUCGAAACAAUACAGGAAAGCAGCGAAGGCCCUCCUGGUAUUGAUUCCUCUGCUGGGUAUGACGUAUGUCUUAGUCAUCGUGACCCCAACUCAUCGCACAGCAAGAGUUGUGUUUUCGUACCUUCAGGCGGUGCUGUUAUCGACACAGGGCUUUACUGUGGCAAUUUUAUACUGUUUUUUGAAUGGUGAAGUGCAGAAGUCAAUGCACCAUUUGCUGCGCCGGUGGACAACUCGUCGCACCGUCCACGGAUCGCAGAGAUAUUCGCUGUCCUAUCGUUCUUCCCAAUACGACAGAGACAACAACUUGAAGCUUUACCGCAGCACACGCGGCACCCAAAACAGAAGCAGCUGUGCGUCCUUCACCACCACCACAACCACCAACUGGCCAUCCAACUGCAACCGCUGUGACUGA